AUGUCGACUGACCACAAGUCCGAGACCAGCCAUCAUGAGGUGGUUGACGAGAAUGCAAAUGCUAAUGCCAAUGCCACGGGGGAUGCUUCGUCUCCCCCCCGUUCCACGUGGGACGCCCUGCGCGACAACCCGUGGGUCGUGCUGUUCUGCCUGUACGGCAACAUCGGGGCCCUGAUGUACGGCUUCGACAACCUUGUGCUCUCCCUGGCCUUGUCCAUGACCGCGUUCGAGACCACUUUUGGCACCUGGACCGCCGGGGCCUACGUGAUCCCCGCCUACUGGCAGUCGCUGUGGAAUGCCCUCUCGCAAGUCGCCACCAUGCUGGGCGCCACCGCCGCGGGGCCUCUCCAGGACCGAUUCGGCCGUCGCGCGGCCUUCCUGGUGGCUGCGUGUCUGUCCGCCGCGGGCAUCGCCGUCGUCUACACGGCCGCCACCCCGGGGGCCUUUCUCGCCGGCAAGAUCGUCAAUGGGCUGGCGCUGGGGCUGGCGUUGACCACGGGUCAGACGUAUAUCUCCGAGGUGACGGCGCUGGAGCUGCGUGGCAUUGCUCUGUCGGGGUUUACAUUUUGCAUGAAUCUCGGGUAUCUCAUCGCCGCCUCCGUCGCCCUGCCGCGCAUGUCGAUGGCCAGCGAUGCCGCGUACAAGGUCCUCUUCGCCUCAGGCUGGGUCUGGCCCGGCGUCAUCCUACUCUUCCUCCCAUUCAUGCCCGAGUCGCCCUACUUUCUCGUCAUGAACGGCCAGCAUGACCAGGCCGGCCGCAUGCUGCGUCGACUUGGCCACCAGGCCUCCGAGGCAGUCAUCCUCCUCGACGACAUCGUGCGCACCCACACGGAGGAGCAGCUGCGCACCCAGGCGGCCCGCGAAUCCAGCUUCCGCGACUGCUUCCGCGGCACCAACUGGCGCCGCACGCGGAUCAUCCUGUACUGCAACGCGCUGUCGCAGGUCAUCGGGUCCAGCUUCAUGACCAACGGGCCGUACUUCCUGGUGCAGGCGGGCAUGUCGUCGGCCAAGACGGGCAUGAUGACCGAGAUCGGCAUCGCCUUUGGCAUCGCCAGCUCGCUGGUGACGGGCUACCUGAUGACGGUGUGCGGGCGGCGGCGACUGAUCCUGUUCGGCAUCGGGCUGUCGACGGGUCUGUUCACGGUGAUGGGCAUCGCAGGGUGCUUCCCCCACUCGAGUCCGGCCUUGUGGGUCGUCGGCAUCUUCCUCGAGCUCUCCUGGUGGGUCUAUGGCCCCGCCAUCGGGCCUGCCAUGGCCAUCGCGGGCGAGGUGUCGGCCGUGCGUCUCCGGGCCAAGUCGCUGGCCGUGGGCUUCACCUUCAACUACUUCUUCUCGACGGUGUGGAACGUGGUGAUGCCGUACCUGUACAACUCCGACGAGGCGGACCUGGGAGGGCUGAUCGGGUGGAUCUUCGCGGGGCUGGGGGCGAUCAGCCUGGGGGUUCUGUUCGUCGAGCUGCCCGAGACGAAGGGGCGGUCCUUCGAGGAGCUGGACGAGAUGCUCACCGCGGGGGUGCCGACGAGGGCUUUUCCAGGGUCUGUCGGUUCACCCAGCAGUCGCAUAGUCGGGAAAUAUACUGUCGAUCCACUGGGUACAUUGUCGGGAAUGAUCACGUAG